GAAAACUGAAGAUGAUGUUCCCAACUCUGGUAGCAUGUAGUUUCGGUCUUGAAGAUGUCCUCAGUGAAUAUUCGGUCAUUCAAGAUGCAGUGGACAUCAAAGAAGUAUGUUCUAGAUACGCAACAGACGCGAUUGGUUCAGUUGCUUUUGGAAUUGACUGCAACAGUCUGAAGAACCCAGACUCGGAGUUCAGGCAGUGGGGAAAACAGAUGUUCAAAGGGGGCAUAAAAGGAAUAAUCAAGGCAAUCACGUUAAUGACGCUUUCCAAUAGCUUUUUGAAUGCAAUAAAUUUCAAAAUUACUUCCAAAUCAACAGAAGAUUUCGUGACAAAUAUGGUUAGAGAAACGAUGGAGUACAGGGAAAAAAAUAAUGUAUAUCGAAAAGACUUUAUGCAUUUAUUACUACAGUUGAAAAACAGGGGUGAAGUCACCGAAGAUGCAAGUAUUAUUAAAGAAGGGUCAAAGAGCAAAGGUUCAGAUACUUUAUCCUUCAACGAAAUAGCAGCAGAAUGCCUCGUCUUCUUUGUCGCUGGGUAUGAAUCGUCUGCCACAAAUAUGACUUUCACUCUGCUUGAGCUUGCCCUCAACCAGGAUAUACAGGACAACUUAAGAGAAGAAAUCAACACGGUUCUGAAGAAACAUGACAUGCAAUUUACGUAUGAUUCCAUCAUGGAAAUGAAAUACUUGGAAAAAGUUGUUGAUGAGUCUCUUCGCAAACAUUCUGCUGGUACGAUCAUCACCAGAAUUUGCAAUAAACCGUAUACCAUUCCUGGAACCAAAGUAGUAAUAGAAAAAGGAACUGCAGUACAUGUUCCCGUUUCAGGGAUCCAUCAUGAUCCAGAAUACUAUCCCGAUCCAGAUAAGUUUGACCCAGAAAGAUUCAAUAAAGAAAACAAAGCAGCAAGACAUCCCUUUGCUUAUAUGCCUUUCGGGGAAGGACCUAGAAUGUGCAUAGGAGCCAGAUAUGGACUUUUGCAAAGUAAAGUUGGAAUUAGUGCUAUUAUCAAAAAUUUCAAAGUUACUUUGAACGAUAAAACCAGAACUCCAAUAAGGUAUGCCAAAACCGGUAUAAUACCACGAAUUGAGGGAGGAGUUUGGCUCAACGUAACCAAAAUUCAGUAAAGUCUAUAAAAAUUGAAAUAAAAUUGGUUACCUUACUGGUGAGAAGUUCCAUGGACCUAUUCAGAAGAAACUAUUUUAUGUGAAUUAUUAAAUCAUAAAGUUUCUUAUUUUGAAA